AAGGACGUUUCAAAGGAUUUGGUUGGAAGGUUAUCGCAAUUCUAUGGGACUUUGUGUGUUAAAGGCUUUAUUCCCAUCUUCCAUCCCUCGUGUAUUUGAAAAGUUAUACAGCGGAUUUGCACAACAUUGUGGGCAGUGGACCAUGUGGGUGUAGAAAAUACAAAAAACGAACGCCAUCUCCAUUUGUUCUAAUUCCAUCGAAAGGCGCGAACAUCGCAGCUCAGACGGUGCCAGUUAUAAAAUAAAAAAUGGAAACACUUUACACCGGUCACAUUCAUGGAUUUCCCCCUUCGGCAAACAUAUCUUACGGUUCUCUCAGCACCACGUGGGGCUCUCAAGGAGGUCUUAUUGCUUUGGGAGUAGUCCUUGGCAGUUCCGUCAGCCUGGUAGGGCUUGCAUUUGCUUUCAUCACAUAUAGCCUUUUCUCUGAUUUGAAAUCUCUAGCAGGAACAGCGCUUUUGAGUCUUCUAGCGUCACUUUUUAUGAGCCAAUUAUUGUUCGUCAUUGGAGUAGGCGGUGUACAGGACGCUGAGUUAUGUUUGUCACUUUCACUGGCAUUGUUGUUUAUGAAAUUGGCGUCGCUCUGUUGGCUGUGCUGUUGUUGCCAUCAUGCGCUUGCCAUGUUUCGUUCCAAUACAAAUAUUCAUCCUAAUCCAGAGCCCAGUAUGGGAAAAGGUCUUGCAAACUAUAGUCUUAUUUCGUGGGGGUUUCCAUCGCUUAUGCUCGGAGUCGCAGCCGCAUUUAAGUACAAAGAACGUGACAUCAAAGUAAGCGGUGCCCAAGUAAUUGCACAAAUUGUUCACGAGUUGAACGGAGAUAAUCAUUGUUGGUUAAUGGAGGGCUCGGCCUACAUCUGGGGGUUUCUUAUGCCGGCUAUAGUGCUUCUGUUUUCUGGUUUCUAUCUUGCUUGUCAGGGUGGAGGAGCAAUUAAAAUAGCUGCGGCAUUGCAGAUUGAUUCCCGCGCCAAGAACAAGCUGGUCAAAAAGCGAGGACUGCAAAUAGGCCUCUUCUUCAAGAUCCUAGUAGUGCUUUCAUCUGUUGUUUGCCUUGGUGCGGUUGCUUCAGUUUGGAACGUAGUACAGUUUUGGUCAAUCUAUAGUAUUGCGCAAGGAGUUCAAGGACUGGUCAUAUCACUGUUAGUAUCGUGCAACUGUAAAGUACUAAAACUCUACUCAGCGCCAAGGAGUCACAAAACGCGCAGAGGAAAUUAUCGAAGUUUGAAGGAUGGCGACGGAGGACGCUAUGGAGUUAUAUCGGUAACAAAUCCUAAUUAUGAAGAAAUGAUUCCCAAUGGAGUUGGAGAAAAUAGCACAAGCCUUACGAAAAUGUCGUACAAAGAAAAACACUUUGUUGAUCGUAUAGACAACACUCUGCCGACACUUGACUGUGCAUUCAACGGUGAGCUAUCCACAUCGCUUUCCAUUGAUGAAUUGCCAAAAAGACCUUUACCAGCAUCUGUCUAGAACAGUCAUAGUAACUACGGACGUACAAUACUUUGCCGUGUACCAAACACUCGCGUAGAUAGAAACACUUAAGUCACAGCCUUAAGAUGCGAGUUACACGAGCUUAAGAUUCUGGAGAAACAACUCAAGGCAGGACAAUAAAACAUCGUAGAAAAACGAGAAAAGACAAGUAUUGGUUUGUGCAAGGCACAGUGAAGUCCUGUGUUUGGCACACAGAAUUUAACAAAUAUCAACCCCCAUCAAUCUAACCAUAUCAUCCUAGACAGUCGGCUCAUGAACAAACCCCUGAACAGGAGUGAGCAAGCAUAUAUUGACCUGAUUGAAGGUCGAAGGUGCUUCUCAGCUUACUUUAUGUAAGACAAGGACUCCGAUGACGUUACAGCCUACUAUUGAAAUACUCAUCGACCCAUGACAGAACUGAAGUUGUCUCUAGCUUUGUUAUGCCAUCAUGAUCGAUUAGUGUUACUUACACAGUUGAGUUUCUUUUGAAGCCAACAACAUGGAGCACCAGAUGGCAACAAAAUAAAAGCAGGUGUAGGUUUUAUCGUUUCGAAGAAAUGUUGUUUUUCCUUUUCCUAAUGCGUAUGAAAAGUAACCGACAAGAAAGCGUAGCAUGUAAAAAACCAAAAUAAGUUGUUUACUCUUUGCUGGAACUUUACCUGGACAACAUAUCACAUGAAGCGAAGGAAACAACUUUGACCACACCUCCAUUUCUCCCGGGCAUCUCAUGCAAGUAUGACGGAAUAGCAGGAUGAAGGAAGUGUAUCAACAGUCCACUUUUCUUACCUUGCCGCAUAACUUUUGAUACUUUGGGGCCAGCUACUGCGAUUUAACGAUCUUCUUUUUAUGAUGAAAUUCAAUUCGGCUAAGGGUUUGCAUCUUCGUUUGUUCGUAUUUUUUAAAAUUAAUUUCUCAAAUGUGCAUUCCAAAUCAAUGCAUAUCGGUUUAAUAUUUUACAUAUUACUUUCAUUGUUGAAUAGAAAAUGUAUGGGCAACGUUAAUUUCAAAGCCACAGCCGGAUAAUCAAAACGUUAGUAAAAAUGUAUAUAUUUUACCUUCAGUGAGCUCUUGGAAGCUGUUAUAUCUUGCAUUGCCAUUUAUUGCAAUAGUAAGUGUCGUUAUAAUAAUUUUGAUUAUAAUAUAAACAAACAAACAUGAGAAGUAAAUAGUUUUGUAACCGUUUAGGAAGUAUGCGAUAAGGCAACAAGAAAUGCAAUGCUAAUAUCAAUGUGAUAAAUGUAAUGUUACCAUAUAUAAAAUAUAUCAAUACUCUGUAUCCAUUUUAUCAAUCUGUAGAACGAUUAGU